AUGGAGGCCUCUCUGGCUUUUUCACUCACCAAUCUCAACCUAGAUUGUCUAAGCUAUAUUGAGAAGUUCAAAUCCUGUUCUCCCUUGAAGAAGAUGCUAGAUUCAACACUUACCGAACGAAGUGUGCACCUCCAACCCAUCAAAAGGAUCAGCUUCAGUGGUAUAGCUUCAAUUUUAGGCCCUCUGAAAUACGAGAUAGUGUCAUCCGAAGAAUUAAGAGACGUGUACGAGUGCCUAGACAAACUUGUGCCGUUCUCCAUUUUCAGUUGCAGAGGCCUUGUUGUUCUCAAGUUAAAAAUGAUACAUGUAGAUGGUUUACAUACUGUUGAUUGUCCGUCGCUUAAAACCCUGCAUUUGAAUGAUGUCGAUUUUUCUGAAGACUGGGAUCUUGUUGAGCUUUUAAGUGGGUGUCCAGUUCUUGAGGAUUUGGAACUACAUCAUAUACAUUUUCUUUGCAGGUCAUACGAUGACUGUACAUAUAAAAUACCUGAGUUGGUCUGGUGUUCUGUCAAUUACGUUCCAGUGUUUUCCAAUUUAACUCAUUUGGAACUUAUUAUCGGUAAGACUAUGAGAGAUCCCUUUGGGUUGACGGUGUUUGACGUUCUCAAGAAUUGCCCCAAGCUUCAAAAUCUUGUGGUGAUACUAGAUCGUAUUAUACCUUGGUGCUGUCCAGUUACUUUAACUAAUGCAGAUGAUGAGGUUUUCCAUUAUCCAGAUGCUGUUGCUGAGUGCGUUUGUUCACAGUCUAAGAAGUGCACACUUGUAGAUUAUACCGCAGAGAAUAAUGAGAAACGAUUUGCAGAACUCAACGUCUUUACAAACUAUGACAAUUCAGUGUCUGCCUUGGUUAAAUCCAGAGAAAAGCUUCAAAUGCUAAAAGACUUGUCCAUGUGCCCAAGAAGAUCUGCAGCAUGUGUGGUUUUAUUUAAAUGA